GAAAGUUCACUAGCAAACCAGUAUGUUUCCAGAUGAAAUUGUAACCAUUUUUGUUUUGAAGGCGGAUCUUAGCUGUCUCCAACUCCGAAGAAAAUAAUCCGUAGCCCAACAACACAUUCGAAGCUCGUGGUACAAUACAGUAAUGCAUUCAAAUCCAAUUUUUUAUUCACAGUCGGUCCUUUUGUCCCAAUUCCAAUUUCUCUCUCAUAAAGCAUAAACCCUCCCCCUGUUCUUUCUUCUAUGCUCCGUGAUUCUGUUACACUUUUCGUUCCUACACACGCUGAAGAUUAACAUAAAAUUCAAGAAAAGUAGUAGAAAACAGAACAGAACAAUAAUCAAUCAGGAAAAAAGAGAGCAAAAAUGGAUUUUGGCGACAUGACACCUAUAUUCGGGGAAGUCGAAGCAGUCUGGUCCGCACCGAGCACCACUCCGUUAGAGCCCUUUCUCUUUCGCGUUCACGGCUUGCAAAAUGACCCUUCUGGCCUCAGAAUCAUCGUGACUGACUUCCAGUCCAAUACUUUUGAGGCCAUCAGGACCCGUCAUCAGCUCGAAGACAUGAAAGACAACAUUGGAAUUGGUGGCAACUGGUCUGAAUUUGUUGAUUAUAUUAGAGCUUCCGUAAAAUCUGAAGAUGUGAAGCUCAUUCUGGAGGGUCAAUCAGAAUCAGGAGGUGCAUCUCAUGCAAAGUUAAUUGCUCAAAAAGGAAAAGGAAUGCCGCGAAUGUCUGUUUCCCUUGCUAAACUUUUGGCUGUUGUUGCUAGUCAAGCUAUGGCCAGUCUUUCCAUGGAGCUGUACAAAGAGUAUAAGAAUGUUCACAAAUCACUUGUAAAAGAGCAAGAGCGUUCUUUUAACUUGACCGUAGUUGUAGCUGCUGAACGGGAAAAGAAUGACAGUCUCCAGAAUAUGCUUUCAAGAAAGAACAAGUCCCAAAAGAUGGACACAGAAAACUCUGAUUCUAAAUCUGCUUCGAGCCCACAAGAUGCUUCAGACAAGCAAAUUACUCAAAACCAAAACUCAACAAAAGCCCCUAAUCGUGUCGUACCAGCACACCGCAGGGCAAAAGUGAGAGGGGCUGUUUUGGUGGACAUUGAAGAUGAUGAUUAAUAAUUUUAGGAAGAAUCCAACUCCUUGUUCUUGAUGUUCGGUAGAAUAUGUCCAAAGGCUCAUCUUUUAUUAUGUUCUUUAUAUGGAUACACCAUGCAAAUGCAUAGAUAAUAGUAAAGUGCAAGGUUUAUCGUUCGCAAGCAGUGUGGCUCAAUUGAGCAUAUGACAUUCACUGAUUUAUCUUUCAUUUUUAAGGAUUAUACUAGUUUUGUAGAUCAUCGUGGUACAUUGAUUUAGCUCGUUUCUGAACUUAAUUGGUAGAUGUUCCAAUAUUGACAUC